AUGUGGAUGACACCUAAGAGAAGCAAGAUGGAAGUCGAGGAGGCUCAGGGGUUCCGGCCCGAGUGGACCCGGCGUUAUCUGGUGGUGGAGCCUCCGGAGGGCGAAGGGGCCCGCUGCCUGCUCUGCGCCCACCUCGUCGAAUCCGCUUGCGAACGCGACGUCAGGCGCCACUACGAGGCCGAGCACAGGUACUACCAGCGGUAUGUGGAGGAGGGCGAGCGCGAGGCCCUGGUGGAGCGCCUGCGGCAGGGCGACAUCCCCGAGGUCGUCCCGCCCACUCCCGAGGAGCGAGCGGCGCGUGCGGGCCUCGGCAUCGCCCGCCUCCUGGCCUUGAGGGGUCGCGGCGGGGGCGAGGGGGACUUUGUGUACCAGUGCCUGGAGGUGGUGCUGAAUGACGUGCUGCCGGAUCACGUAGGCGUUUUGGGUGGCCUUGAUCUCUCUCCAGAGACCAUCCGGCAGAGGGUCCUGAACAUGAACGAAAACCUACGCGGUCAGCUUUUUAACCGAGCCAAGGACUUUAGGGCCUAUUCCCUUGCCUUGGAUGACCAGGCUUUCGUGGCCUAUGAGAACUACCUCCUGGUUUUCGUCCGCGGCGUGGACGUGGACUUGGAGGUGCAAGAGGAGCUCCUGACCAUCAUCAACCUGACGAAUCACUUCAGCGUGGGCGCUCUCAUGGCGGCGAUCCUGGAGGCCCUGCAGACGGCGGGGCUUAGCUUGCAGCGGAUGGUGGGACUAACCACCACCCACACCUUGAGGAUGAUUGGUGAGAACUCUGGACUGGUGUCGUACAUGAGAGAGAAGGCCGUGAGCCCCAACUGUUGGAACGUCAUCCAUUACUCGGGAUUCCUUCACUUGGAACUGUUGAGUUCCUACGAUGUAGAUGUUAAUCAGGUCAUAAGUACCGUAUCCGACUGGAUACUUCUGAUUAAGACAAGAGGCAUCAGGCGGCCCGAGUUUCAGGCUUUGCUGACUUCAUCGGAAUCAGAGCAUGGCGAAAGGGUUAACGGACGGUGUCUGAACAACUGGCUAAGAAGAGGGAAGACUUUAAAACUCAUCUUUUCGUUAAGGAAAGAGAUAGAGGCAUUCCUGGCUUCGGUAGGGGCAACGACAGUCCAUUUCACAGACCCAGAGUGGCUUUGUGAUUUUGGCUUCUUGGUGGACGUUAUGAACCACCUCCGAGAUCUCAGUGAGCUGCUGCGAUUCAACAGAGUGUUCGCCGCUACCGCAUUUGACCACAUUUGUAGCUUUGAUGCUAAGCUGAAUUUACUGCACAGACAUCUUGAGGAAAAAAACCUAACCCACUUUGCUGCCUUGAGAGAAGUCGUUGAUGAGCUUAAACAGCAUAUCAAAGAAGAAGAAAAAAUACUUGAUCCGGGUAGGUAUAAAGUGGUGAUCAGUCGCCUGCAGAAAGAAUUUGAUAGACAUUUCAAGGACCUCAAGUUCAUUAAAAAGGACUUGGAACUGUUUGCAAAUCCGUUUAACUUUAAAGCUGAGCAUGCACCUAUUGCAGUAAGGAUGGAGCUGACAAAACUUCAAGCAAAUUCUGACCUUUGGGAGGAAUACAGAAACAAAGACCUGGGGCAGUUCUAUGCUGGAUUGUGUGCUGAAACCUACCCGAUUAUCAAAGGGGUUGCCUAUAAGGUGGCAUCCCUGUUUGAUAGCAGUGAAAUCUGUGAAAAGGCCUUUUCAUAUCUGGUUAGAAACCAGCACACUCUGAGCCAGCCGUUGACAGACGAGCAUCUCCACGCCCUGUUUCGGAUCGCCACAACCGAAAUGGAGCCACAUUGGGAUGCUCUUGUGAGAGUAAGAAAUCCACCUAAUCCAUAA